GGGAGGACGUCCUUUGGGUGAAGCGCUUCUGUGCAGAGCGUGGUAUCGGCUUGUCAUGGCGUACUCGGGAUUUGGAGGAGGGUUUGGAAAUUUUAGUGGUCAGAUACCAGGCAUGCAGAUGCCACUGGGGCAGCCAGUGGUAGGAACAGGGCCAAACCUGCUUCCCGGAGGAUAUCCUGGAGGCCCAGCAUAUUCGGAUGGUUAUCCCUCAGCUGGAGACCCCAUGUGGACUUACUUCACUUCUGUCGCUGGGCAGGAUGGUGAAGUGGAUGCUGAGGAACUGCAGAGAUGUUUGACACAGUCGGGAAUUAGUGGCACUUACUCUCCUUUCAGUCUGGAAACCUGCAGAAUUAUGAUUGCCAUGUUGGAUCGAGAUUAUACAGGAAAAAUGGGAUUCAAUGAAUUCAAAGAACUUUGGGCAGCUCUUAAUGCCUGGAAGCAACACUUCAUAGCUAUCGAUCAAGACCGAAGUGGCACAGUUGAGCAUCAUGAAUUGCAUCAAGCCAUUGCCGCUAUGGGUUAUAGGUUGAGUCCUCAAACAUUAACUGCUAUUGUUAAACGUUAUAGCAAGAAUGGCAGAAUCUUCUUUGAUGAUUAUGUUGCUUGCUGUGUUAAGCUUCGAGCACUGACAGAUUUCUUUAGGAGAAGAGACCACUUGCAACAAGGGGUUGUGAAUUUCAUGUAUGAUGAUUUUUUGCAGGGCACAAUGACUGUUUGAACGUCAAGAAUUUCAAAGCUGAAAAAUAUACUACGAAUUUUUCUGCUUGGAAGAAAUGAACUGGACUACUCUGGAAUUACAACUUUGGGGAACUUUCAUUUUUCCUUCCUGUUAAAUCUCUUCCAUUUCUGUUUUUACCUAUAUUGCAUAGUUCAAAGCAAUAAAAAAGAUUGGUUUCUGUAUUGGUGAUGAUACUGCUGUUACUAAAGUUUAUCAUUUUACAAAUUUUGCAUAAUGUUAUACUGAUACAUGAUUAAAUGAUGUAAAUAGCUCAAUCUUAAUUUUUAAGAAUAUAAAUCUAGAAGAAUGUACUUACAAAAUAAAUUAUAUCAAAAGCCAAAUGAUGAAAACCUAGAUAAAACUAAUUUAGACUUACCUGAAGGUUACAGAUUGUACUUGAAACUUUGUAAUUGUUGGUGUUUGGAAGUGAGCUGGAGAAGCCUGGACAUUGUGCCAUAUUGGUAAUAAGAUUUAUUCCUUGAUCACAUAAUUUGAGAAUAGAUAUUCACUGGGUUUCCUGUGUAGGAGAAAAUUGUAGUUCCUAAAAUUUUAUCUUAAAUCUCCUUAGGUGAACCAUAACUGAAUAUAUAAUGAAAUAAGACUCCAGGAGGCAUCGUUUUUUUCACUUUAUUAUUUGCAGUGUAUAUUUUUGUGCAAAAUGUUUUCAAGUAAUAUGCCAUUUUAUUUAAUUGUUCAGAAAUAAUAAGUUUGACUUUCUUAUCAAUAUCAGCAGGUGGUGGGCUUGGCAUUAGUAAGCCUGUGAGCCUCUAAGGUGCAUCUCUAACGUGGGGUAUUGAGACUGGCAGGCACUGCAAAAGUUUUGUCAGUGGUAUUGGUAUGAAAGCUGCAAAGUGGAGUUAACAGGUCUUAGCAUUUUAGUUCCCUGGUAAAAAUGGCUGUAGUUAAUCCAGCCCCUUUCUUGACAAGCCUUUUUUAGUGAACAUUUAACAAAUCACAGUUUUCUUUUCUGACACCUUAGCUAAAUAUCUUCCAGUACGAAGGUGACUGAACAUUUUAGUAAGGCUGGUAACCAAAGUAAAAUGUAGCUUUUAUUAAAUUCCAUGUUUCUUAAAGAAUAAAGGAUGGAUAGCCAUAUUGUGAAAUAGAAAAUAAAACCUCACAAACAAACUGACUUGUACUUUUAAGCCAACUGUUAAGUUUAAACCAACUUUCACUUUUAAAAAUCCUGGAGACGGAGCAAUGUAUAAUAAUUUGGACCCUGAUUUUUUAUAACUAAUUGUCAAAUUCAUUUGAUCAGUUUUAUAAAAAAUGUGUGAAUAAAUAAUUCACAUAUAUUUUCCUUACAACCUCUGACUAUUAAUUUUUUCAAAAACACAUAUUUGAUAAUGUGAGCAGACUUUAAUUGAGCCAUUAUAUAUCUGUAUCUAUUUGUUGGAAAAAUAUAAACACACUGUAUAUAAUCAUAUUGAAUAAGUAUGCUAAUAUGGCUCAGCAGCCUAGAUCUUAAUAUCCAGUUCAUAGAUAGUCACUGUACUGUACUCUACUCAGUACUGUACUGAGGUCAAUUAUAAUUUUCCUUACUCAGAAGCUUAUGGUGAGGUAAAACUCUAAAAAUUGCCAUAAUAUUGUUCAAAUUUCUGCUGAAUAACACUUUGUAUUUGGACUCUUAGCGCAUUUUUCUAACUUAUCCUUUUCCAAAAAGGUUCUGAUGACUUUUGGUUAUAGGCAAUCUGUGAGGAAACAUGAUCGCGCAUACUUGGGGAACUCUGCCUUCCUCACAGGUCUUGAUAAAGCGGGAGUUACAUAAAAUCCUAUUUAAUUUUAUGCGACCCAUUUUUUUCCUGAACUUUCUUUGCGCAGAGAACCCUUUAUUUCCCAAAUCUCAUGUUCCAUGUCAAUCCAACUUAAUUAUCAGAGAAUUGUUUUGCACUUCAGAUUAAAUAGGCAACUUGACAAAAAACAUUAGGCAUAGAGAAUAUUUUACUGAGCUUUUUAUACUGAAAUGAAGUUCAUGUUUUGGAUGCUUUUAAAAUAAGUGAUGUAAACAGACAUCCAUUAGUAAAGUAAAAGUAAUGUAGUUUUGUGAUGAACAUGACCAGAGUUAUGAAUAUAAUGUAGUUUGUGCUGGUUAACUCAUGCCGCAGUCUUAUAUUGAUGUAAAUUACUGAAUAAUGUACACUCUUAAUGUCUAAGUGCUUUUAUUUGUACAGUAAACAUGUUUCCAUGUCAUUUUGAGAAUUUUUUUAAUAAACAUUCAAAUAGCUUGCUGUAAAGUUUUAUAUCAUACAAAAUCUGUUACAUACAUAUUAUGAGAUGCUUCAGUUCAAAUAACAGUGCGGUAAUUCACCUAUGCCUAAAAAACCUGCUGAACAAUUAAAUGUCAGGUUUUGUACUUCUAUUUCUAGUGGCAGUUUACACAUCUUAAGUUACAUCAAGGGGAAAUCAAUAGUAUUGAAUCUUAAUUUGGUCCACUUUAAAUUUAAUUUCAAGUACUGUGCUCAUUUGAUUUAUUUAAACAUGCAUUCUUAAACAAAAAGAGGUAAAAAAAAAAAAAAAGAAGCCAAGUGAUAUGUUUAUUUCCAGAAAAGGCAUUUACCCUGGAAGAAAGAAUUUUAAAGUAAUUUAACCUGUAUAAUUAAAAAUAUAACAAAAAAAUCAAUUUGUGAUUAUUUCCUUAUGUAAAAUAUACAAAUCGAGUUCACUUGUAAUCGAAUGGCAUUCUAAACUGGACAAAUACAAUACAUAUUUGUCAGAAAUGUGCUUUUCUUUGUCCUUUUAUGUUUGAUAAAGUGACAGAUGAUAUGUUUUCUCCUAUUUAUGGUAGUUUUCUGGGAAAUUAAUAGUAAUAAAUUCUGUUGAAAUCUGGUGAGAUAGAAUGAGUAAAACCCAAACCUUCUUCCAGGUUGGCAUAUUUCUUUUAAAUUUUAAAAUUCAGCCAAUGUUGAAAGUUCAUAUUUAUUAUGUUGAUAUAAAUAUGAAAAGUUCACAAUUUGGCCUUUAACCAUUUAUGCAGUGAAUUAGAUAUACUGAAAUAAAUGUUCAAUGCUAUGAUACCAUUUGAAAGUAUGUCUAGACUUCAUAAUAUUAGAUAAUAUAAAGGAAAGUUAUCUGGAAAUUAGGUUUUUAUAAUGAACGCAGACUCAAUUUUAUAUGAAUCAUGUUCAAAAAAGUUUUAGUCUAAGAUCAUAACAUCACGUGUGUCCAUAUACUGAACUAAAAAUAUACUGUGAUUUAGAAUACUGAGCACAAAACUACUUUCCAAUUAAACACUGGGAAACAUGAAAAAUUUGUCUUACUGUGGACUUUUUGAAUUUGAUUAUGGGGAAGCUGUGCUUUUGUUUCUUGCCAUAUUGUGUUCUACUUGUUUAAAAAAGUAUUUCACUGGCAUAUAAAGAAAAGAACUUUAUGUUAACAUUCCUUUUACCCAAGUAGCUUGGUAAUAUGCAGCUUUGUAUAUUAUGCAAGCAUUCAAAAUUGAGUGUGCUUCUAUAUUCUGAAUAUAUAAUAAAUAAAUGUCAGCAGCACUUCUACAUUACUCUGAUGUGCCAUACUGUCAGGAAUGAGAAAGGUCCUUCCCAUGUGCUACCUGUGCUUCCAGGUCGGCCCCUUCUGCUCUGUCUGAAAUGGUGGCUAUUUGGGCAGUUUCUAGAAAGAACUGGGCUAGGUCAUCAUUUAAUAGCGAUGUUUAGAGACAACUAUGCCAGGAUCGUUAAAGACUGACUUCUGAUUCAUUGUAUAUGUGUGGAGGGGGCUGAUCAUUCCCCUUGACUAUAAAAACAGACAAACAGACGUGCACUUUACAGGUAACCUGCAUACCAUCAUUUGCAUUUUAGUUGAUUGUAUUUUCUUACAUCAUAUCUUGCUGUGAUUACUGAAAUUUCAAAAAAUAACCUGAACAGUGCUAGUAUAAACAUUUCAGAAACAUACUAUUGCUUAUUAAUAUUCUUUUGGAAAAUAUGGACCAUUUUCAAGUGAUUCUAGGUUUAAUUGAGCUUUCAGAUGCAAUUACCUAAAGGCAUUACCCUCAAAAUCUUAUGACAAGACGUGUUAAAUUUUUAAAUAUUUCUCUUUUCCAUACUUAGGUUCUCAUUUCCUAGUCAGUUUCACUUACAGAUACUUACACAAUUGCUUUCUGCUAACCUGUAUUUGGUUUGCUUAUUUUUUUUUUCACUUAUUAAAUAGGGAGAUGCUUUUUGGUUUUUUUAAACCUUACAAAUCGAAUGGUGGGGAAUCUAAACCACUAACUAGAUUUAACAGUCCUUAGCAUAGACAUGCCCUAAACACCCAAUACAUUUUAUUUAAAAGUUUUCUUUGAAGACAAUUUGAUAUUUUUCUUUAAAUAAAUGAGAAAAUAUUCUAGAGGAGAUAUUCUGAAUGUAUGAAAUAUAGGUAAAUGAAAAUAUCUGAAUAUUUCCAUGGUGAAAAAAAAUAUAUCAAACAUACAUUAUAAAAAUUUAUUUCACAGGUAAUUUAAAGCCUGUGGAGCCAUCAAAAAUGUUUAGAAAUCAAAUGUUUUUAGUGAGUUACUUUGAAUUCUUGAGAGGCAAUAAUAAAAAGUGAAAUUUUUGUGUUUCUUUAGUUUUAGAUUCAAUGCUAUUUGCUGCUCAGUCCCACUUAUUUGCGCCCCAGUGGAAAUCAGUAAAACUGUAGCACUGUUACAAUUAUGUGAUUUUGUGAAAUUCAUCAGCACCACCAUGCCUAUGUCUAGCACUGUAUCUAGUAAAAUGUUGGAAAUACUUGACUUUUCUAAUAAAAGUAUCCUAACUAGCUAAAGAGAUUUACGUUCUUUUUCCCCAAAAUAAUUUCUUUUACAAAUUUUUGAAUUUUCAUGUAUAAAUAUUAUCAGAAAUUAUAUGCUUCAUUCUUAAAUUAUGUAUAUAUACUAUAUUUUCAAUACAACUUGUACACUUUGAGCUACCAAAAAUUUGCAACCAUUUUUACAUGAAAUUUACAUUUCCUUAUUUACAAUUAUUUGUAGAAGGUUAUUGCAAAACUAGUUGUGCAAGUAGAUUACACUGUCAUACCACAUACCAAUCUUUGAAGAAAAUAUUUGCUGAAAAAUAAAUAUUUCUGCACAGAAUAUUUCAAAAGCAUCAUGAUUUCAUGCUACAUUGUGUGCAUAAAGACUAGGAAAUAGUAUGUAUUUUGGUAGAUUGUUUCAUUAUGUUUAAAGCAUUCCAAGGUACUUACUAGUUAACCAAUGUGAGUGAACUUCUUUAUAUCAGAAGACUGACAUUGUCAGUGAUUACACACAUUAUUUUUGAAAUGAUCAUUCUUUAACUGGCAACCAUCCUGAUAUACAUUUUUCUAUCAAAAAUUAUAUAAUGCAAAUUUCAGCUAAAGGUCCUGUGCCUUUAAUUCCAGUAGGUGCCUAGAAGAUAAAAACUAGGGAUUCCACAGUUUGUUUAUCUUUCAUUCUUUCAUAUUUUGGAAAGAGUAUUUCAUCAUUGCAGUGCUAUUAUAAUUAUGGGGGCAUUCUGAUGAGGCUGUGUGGAGGAGUUAAUUAUAAAAUUUCUGAUCCUUGAAUUUACUUCUAAAUAAAAUAAAGAUGAUAGAAUAGUAUGGAAUUUUCUUACAUAUGCAAACAGUUAAUACAAUAUCAGUAUUGGGAAAAAUACAGUAUGAAUGGUAGCAAUUGUGAUUAUUUUCAAUUUGAAGAUUAUUUUCAAUUUGAAGCAAUAUAUACACACAGAAGAUGUACAAAGAAUAUAGAUUAAAUGUAUAGUGUCUCAAAACCACAGUUGUACCAAAUUAUUCUGUAUCUUUCAAAAUAUAAAUUAAUGGGAGUCAUAGAUGUCAUGACUGACAUUAGGAAUUCAUUUAAAUUUUAACUUUAUAUUUUUUAAGAAAAUGCAUGCUAAUGGUGCCACUUUUCAUGAUCAAACCAGUUUAUUGGGAGCAUUUCUGUAUAAUGCUUGCCACUGUCAUUUAGAAUUAUAAUUGGCAGAGCAAGGAAAUUGGCCCAUUGUAGGUUUCUCUCUUUCGAACAUCGCAUUUCUAUGAAUGUUUUAUUCUGUUUAUAAUAAUAGCGUGUUAUCCUUAAAUGAUUUCUUUUUGUUAUCUCUUUCAACCUUCACUUAAUGGUUUAUAUAAAUAACCUUGUUAUAAUUUCCUUACAUACUAUCAAUUAUAAAUAAUUUAUGUCAUCUGUGAAUUUUCUUUCCUGUAUUGCAUAUUCCUAAAACAAAGUGUAUAUUACCAUAAGCGCAUGUCAUGAGUUAUCCUAAGCUUGGGCAGUGAUGAUUCGCAAUAGCUAGUACUUUAUAAAGCAUUUUAAAACAUGACCUCUUAGAUUUUAAAAGGUUAACGUCACUUAUGUAGAACCACAAGAAAGCAGCUUUGAAUGAAAACACUUGAGAAGUAAGGGGGAGAAAGAGAAGCUACUGUAUGUGGAAAGAUAAUUAAAAUGUGAUGGUAUCAUUUUAUGAAUGAUGUUGGAAAAAGGCAAUAUUUAAUAAAUACUGGGAUGAGAGAGCACAGAAGUUUCCUUAAUAGUGGUGUUCUGCUCUGAGUAAAUGAAUCUUGAGAGUCAUAUGGGAGUCACUUAGAUUUUUGUCAAUGGGAAUGUGGUCAGUGUUUGGUCAGAGAAAGAGCAGAGGAAGGUUUUUUUCCUUAGAAGAUCUAAGUAGUGCUACCUUCUACCUUCACUGUAGCGUUUUUGUUAUGAUGCACAAAUCACAUGAAAUCCUCCAGUUUUAUUGUGCCUUAUGGUUUCCAAAGCACUUCAUUAUACUUUUCAGAUGUUCCUCAGCACACCCCUUCAAAAUAUUAAAGAUGUUGCCUUCACUUCUAUAGUUUUUGGAUAAUGGGCUCAUGGAUGGUUUGUCUGGAGAGUGUUUGGAGAAGGUAGGAUUUGAAUUUGGGCUUCCCUCACUGUGUCUCUUGUCAUUUCCACUGCUCUACACUAGAGCUCAUGUAUCGAAGUCUGUGUAAUGUACCUGUGCAAUAAGGCUUUUCUAGACACCUGGAAAAGAACCACUAUAACAGUAAAAUGCUAUUAAAGUAUGUAAUUUCUUUGAAAAUUGUAUUUUCAAGAAUCUUUUUGGGAAUUCUGUCACGGAACUAAAGCGGGGCUUUUAUAGUGAGCCAGGCUUUAUAGAAUACAUGGUGGUAACACUUGAUUGGAGAGAUUACCUUUGCAUACUUGACAUUUAACAUUGAUUCAGAAUAGAUAUGUUUGCAACAAUAAGAUCCGUAUGCUGUGACUAAUAUAAAUAUCAAGUAUUACUGUAAAGCUAGAAACCUAGUAGUGCAAAAUACAAUUAAGAGAGAUAAAACAAUAGCUACACUUACAUAUUCGGAAUCAAAAACUUCAGUCUUGGUAACAUUUAGCAGGAGACACACCACAUUGUGCAAAAAGCUCACUUGUAGAAAAUUGCUUUCCUGGUUGUUUUUGAUGUUAUCCUUUUGGAUGAGAACUGAAGAACCUAGCAUUUUUUUUUUUUGAGCACUUACUAUGUGCUAGGCACUUUUCUCUAUGCUAUUUAAUGUCUUCCUCCAGCUUCAUCCAGUGGGUACCAUUAUCUCUUAUUUACAGAUUAGGGAGGUUAAAAAACUAACUUGGGUCACACAGUUAUCAAAUAAGGAAUUCACACUGAGACUAGAGACCUUACCCUGUAUCAGAGAUUCUCAAAGUCUACAUGUGUACUGAGUUCCGACGGAGAAGGGCUCGUUAAAGAUGAUUCAGUAUGUCUGGGCUGGGCCCAAGAACAUGAAUGUCUAACAAUUCUCAGGUGAUGCUAGUGCUGGUAACUUAGGAUCACACGAGCACAUCAUCAUCUUGUCUUUCGGGUGCCUCUUUGAACACACAAUAGACACAUUUGUUUUACUGCAAAACAUGAUUAGAAUAUGAAUAAAAUUUGAAAU